UACGAUAUGAAGUCUCAGUAUCCAACAAAUCUCGGGCGAAUCUACGCCUUAUCUAUCAUUUUCCUUCUUGUUUGUUGCACUUUUCUUGCUUCCCUCGCUUCCGCUGAACUUCACGUCCGUGAAUUCGUGAUCGAGGCAAAACCAGUGAAGAGGCUGUGCAGAACUCACCAGACCAUCACCGUGAACGGUCAGUUCCCCGGUCCAACACUCGAGGUGAGAAAUGGUGAUUCGCUAGCCAUCACGGUCAUCAACAAGGCUCGCUACAACAUCAGUCUCCACUGGCAUGGACUACGACAGCUGCGGAACCCGUGGGCUGAUGGACCAGAGUACAUAACUCAAUGUCCGAUCCAGCCGGGACAAAGCUACACAUACAGAAUCAAGAUCGAAGACCAAGAAGGUACACUUUGGUGGCACGCUCAUAGCCAUUGGCUUCGAGCCACAGUCUACGGAGCUCUCAUCAUUUACCCUCGUCUCGGUUCUCCUUACCCUUUCUCUAUGCCUAAACGUGAUAUCCCUAUUAUUCUCGGGGAAUGGUGGGAUAGAAACCCUAUGGAUGUUCUGAGGUUAGCCCAAUUCACAGGAGCAGCACCAAACGUCUCAGACGCUUACACCAUCAAUGGCCAACCCGGUGAUCUCUACCGCUGCUCUAAGCCAGAGACCCUCAGGUUUCCUAUUGUCCCUGGCGAGACGGUUCAGCUUCGUCUCAUCAACGCUGCCCUGAACCAAGAACUCUUCUUCACAGUUGCCAACCACCCGCUCACCGUGGUCGAGGUAGAUUCUGCUUACACAAAGCCUUUCACCACAAACGUUGUCAUGCUCGGUCCAGGUCAGACCACAAACGUCCUUAUAACCGCUAAUCAACGCCCUGGCCGCUAUUACAUCGCUGCACGGGCCUACAAUAGCGCAAACGCUGCUUUUGACAACACCACCACAACUGCUAUCAUAGAAUACGUUAACGCACCUAGUGGACAAGGCCAGAUCACACCCGUUUUCCCGGUUUUGCCAGGGUUCAAUGACACCGCCACUGCAACCGCUUUUGUCAACCGUUUGCGGUACUGGACGAGAGCUCCAGUGCCACUCGAGAUCGACGAAAAUCUAUUUUUCGCAGUUGGGUUAGGACUAAUAAACUGCGCCAACCCGAACAGUCCUCGGUGCCAGGGACCAAACGGAACGCGGUUUGCUGCAAGCAUGAACAACGUCUCAUUCGUCCUUCCUCGGACUAACUCUGUGAUGCAAGCCUAUUACCAAGGAAUCCCCGGGAUUAUAACAUCAGAUUUCCCGCCGGUUCCUCCUGUUCAAUUUGAUUACACAGGAAACGUAAGUCGUGGACUUUGGCAACCCGUAAAGGCCACAAAGGCCUACAAGCUUAAGUACAAGGCCAAUGUGCAGAUUGUGCUGCAGGACACAAGCAUUGUCACCCCUGAGAACCAUCCUAUGCAUCUACACGGGUACCAAUUCUAUGUUGUAGGGUCAGGUUUUGGGAAUUUUGACCCGAAGAGAGAUCCGGCUAGCUUCAAUCUGUUUGACCCACCGGAGAGGAAUACCAUCGGAACCCCUCCAGGUGGAUGGGUGGCCAUCCGAUUCGUUGCUGAUAAUCCAGGAGCAUGGUUUAUGCAUUGUCACAUUGACUCACAUCUAGGAUGGGGGCUGGCGAUGGUUUUCCUAGUUGAGAAUGGAAUAGGUCAGCUCCAGUCGGUGCAGCCUCCGCCAUUGGAUCUCCCAAGAUGCUAAAUAUGGUCGUUGGAUUUCUCAUUUGAUCAAACGUAUCUCAUGUUUGUCUCGUUUUUAGGUUAUGUGGGGUUUUCGUAACCACAAAGCUUCUUUCUGCGUGUGUAUAUACUGAGAGGAGUCAUAUGUUAAUAUCAUUUGGAACUAAAAUGUAUUUGCGUCCUCUCCUAAUGAACGUA